AUGUUCAUUGGUGACAGGGAUGCCCAAAUGGUUGUCGAUAAGUUUAGAAAUAGGAAAGUAUGUCUUCCUGAGUUUUUGUUCGAUUACAAAUGUGAUAAUAAUGAGCUAAUUGGUUUAUUUUGGGCCGACGAGACAAUGAAGUGUAACUACAAAGAGUUUGGUGAUGUAAUGUGUUUUGAUGCGACAUACAAAACCAGCAAGUACUGUAUGGUGUUCGUCCCAUUCACUGGUAUUGACAAUCACAACAGAUGUGUCACAUUUGGAGCAGGCUUGUUGAAGAAUGAGAACAUCGAGUCUUAUUCGUGGCUACUCAACGUGUUUUUAAAGUCACACAACAGACAACCGAGAUUGGUUUUAACAGACCAGGAUCCGGCGAUGUUUGAAGCUGUCAAAACAGUUAUGAACGAGUCACAACAAAGGCUAUGCAUGUGGCAUAUAAUGAAAAAACUCCCAUUGAAGGUUUGUUCGGACUUGCUUAAUAACACUGAUUUACGGAAGCGUCUACACAAGCUUGUGUGGAAUGUUUUCCUUGAGCCCGAUGAGUUUGAGAAUAGAUGGAUGUCAUUGAUUAAAGAGUUUCAGUUAGAAGAUAACAACUGGUUAUCAGACAUGUUUCAGUUACGACAGUCAUGGAUUCCAGCAUACUUUAACCAUUUGCCUAUGUGUUGUCUAAUGAAAACAACGUCAAGGUCUGAGAGUUCUAAUGCAUUCUUUAAAGUAUUCUCUCACAAAAGUAACACACUUGUUCAAUUUAUGUUGUGCUUUGAGACUGCUAUGGAGAAGCAAAGGCACGCACAAGGUGCUCUUGAUGAUCAUACAUCGAGAACAACUGCAAGGAUGAUAUCCCCACUAGCAAUUGAGAGGUUUGCUGCUAACGUAUACACCCGAAGUAUAUUCUUUAAAGUUUAG